CUGACAGGACAAUAGCUAUCUCAGAGAUAUGGAGCUCCUAUUAUUUCUGUGGAAAAAUCAGUGGAGCGAGAGAAAAGAACAGAAUCGUGAAAAUGUUACGUGACAUCGUCUUAGAGGCUUUUACACAGCACAACAAUUCUAAAAUUAACAUAGAAGAAUCAGUGUAACUCCAGCUACAGAAGAGUAUUUUAUUCUGGUUACUAAAUUAACAUGGUGAAAGGAGGAAAAUCAAAAGCCAGCUCCCCUGAAGAUGUGGCCCGCAGGGAUUUUCCACUAGAGGGUUCCCUUUUAAGAUGAAUUUUAAUGUCUAUGACAUUUUAUAAAUAAAUAGAAAAAUCACAGAUGUAAUGGGAGGCCUGAAUUGACCAAAACAAAUUCAGAGGUACAACAAACAGUUAAAGACGACUUAUCAUGUUUUUGUUCUGUCAAUCGAAUCAGGAAGAUUAUCUUGUUUAAUCUGCCUGGUUGUAGCCUGCUACAGUUCAUGCCAAGAGAAUCUAAUCACACCGUGAGGCUGGAAAUCUGCAGAUAUUAACACUUCAAACGUCAUGGUUUGAUGGCUGAUUCGAGCACAAAGCAGAGCGGGGUCGUGGCCAACGCGCGCUCCCUGCGCGCUCCUCUCCUAACGAGCUCAUCACAUCCCGAAAAACAAGAAAGGGAGGGGUUUGCUUCGUAUUGCAGACAGUAAGAAUCAUAUUUAUGAAUGAUUUACUCCUGGGGUUGAGGGCUCGAUGCAAAUGAGCACAAAGGAAGUUGUCAGCAGCAUCGUGCUCUGGCCAAUGGAAGGAAAGCUCCAUCUUAGCUGUGCCAUAGGCUGCACUAAAAAAAGGGACCAGAACGGCGCUCUCUCAGCAUCCUUUCACACAAGAGCUCCCAAAUCUGUGCCAGUGAGCAUACUCAGACAGCUCUUCAAGAAUGGCAACCCUCAACAGCACUCACUGGAAUGAGACUACUACAUCCAUUUCCCAGUAUCUGGGCUUUCAAGUGCAAAAGAUUUACCCUUUCCAUGACAACUGGAACACUGCCUGCUUUGUUAUCCUGAUCAUUUUCAUCUUCACUGUGGUUUCUCUGGUGGUGUUGGCUUUCCUGUAUGAACUGCUGGACUGUUGCUGCUGCGUGAAAAACAAAACUGUGAAAGACUUGGAGAACGCGCCCAAUCCCGUCAGAGCGAUGAUGAACAGCUUCAGGAAGCGUGAAACAGAGGUGGUGUAGGAAGCACCGAGCACCUGCACUUGGAGAACUUGGUUUGACGGCUCAAAUGAAGCCUCUUGUACCUUACAAUGAGCAAGUCAUGUCUUUUUUUCUUUUGGACUUGAAUAUCCAUGCAAUUUCAUCUCUGGAGGUGAGCUGGAAUAAUUGGCAAAGGCUUUCCAAGUGCUUAGCAGAAAGACAAUCUAUUGCAGUGUUAUGGGAAGGAAAACGAUUUUUGUUUUUAGAUGAACUUUUCAUGUUUAUACUGAGUGAUUAGCAUAGAAUUUUGUCUACCUGACAGAACAAAUGUUGCCUAACAUGCAUAAAACUGUGUUGCUUAACUGAAGAAAACACCUAUAAAACAUUCAACAGUCUGAUCACAUUCAGUGCAAAGACAGCAGCGCUGUCCAACUGAGUCAACCACACAGGGACAGGACAGACAGACAAGGGGUAAGAAAAAAGUUGGGAGAGAAGGGUUGAACAGAAGAGACCCUACAGGCAGGAGAGGACUGGGUGGAUUCCAGCCUUUGGCAGCACUUUUUAUUAUGGGUUUCUUGCGUUUAGAAGGGAGGGUGGUGGGAGGAAAACUAAGCCAACAAGAAAUGGGUCUCUAAAAUGGUCUUUUCUGGUCCUCCUAAGGGUGGUUUGACCCUUUCUUCCCCCACUUCUCCAGUUCCAGGGAACUGUUCUCCCCGUACUGGCCAACAAUUUCUGGGUGUUGACACCUGCAUACCCGUUACCUUCAGAAUAUCUGACCCUUUCCAAAAAUCCUGCUGGAAGUGAACAGGGAUAAUUCUCUACCCCAAGGCUGCUGCUUCAGUGGCAACCACAAUACUACAGGGAGUUGGACAUGCUGGAUCUAUCAUCCCUAUCCUAAACUUUCAAAGCCAAACUGGAGCUGGUGGAGUUCUUGCCAAGAAUGCAGGGAGAUGGGCCACAGAUCUCCCACACUGAAGAGGGGGAUGUCACCCAGCACAUGUGCAGCUUUCAGCUGCCAACACAAGGCCACACCAGGAUCAGCCCUGUGCUAGAGAGGGCAGCUUCACUUUGCACAAGAGAAUCUCACUUGACUUCAUCUGCCUGCUGACACAUCCCAGAGUUCACACUCACCCCUUCCUGACCACAGCACCCUCACACCUCUGGCUCACCAGUCCUCUGUAGCUGUGUUGUGUCUGUGAUUUUUAAAACCAUUCAAGUUUUGCAGUUAAAAAUGACAAGUGUAACAACAGUGUCCAAC